CUAAGGUGGACGCGGCUCGCCCGCAGCCAGACACCAUCGCACGUUGCCCGAAAAAGCGCCAGUCAUCAAAGGGGGGAGUGAACCUUCUACAUGAUGCCUCUCGGUCGCAGACGACGUGAGACACUAGCGGCGUCUAAUGAAGCCGACGAGCGCGAUGAAAACAACUCACAGACAAUGCAGUAGACGCUGAUAAGUGGCCUCGCAAAUUUAUGGUGCGGGCCUUAGCGCUCAGUCGCUGUCAGCUGCGGUAGAGCCCGGAGCCGCGAUACCAGUUGCAGCCGAGCCACGCCGGCGGGGCAUCCAGCACACGGCGCCCGCGGCUUGCAGAGCGGCGUCACACCGCCUGUCGGUCCGAAACAGGCUCUGUGCUACUGGCAGUGUGGAGUUCGCCAUGCCUCAUAACAUCAGAAGACGGUAGUGUUGGUCUGCACUGCGAUACCAAGUUACCGCCGUUGAGAUAUGUGAGUGACAAAACGAUUGACGAUCUGUGGUUCUCAUAUGAGUACAAGGCAAGCACGCUGUAUUACGAAGGGCAAAGUGAUUUUACACUCAAGUAUUAGCACUAGGACGUGACAACAUCUGAGUACCACCUACAGAGCACAUAAACCUUCAUAUUAUUAGGUGCUCAGUUUUCUUUCCUCGCCGUUAGUAACCGCGGAUAUGUACUUACGCCCUUAUCGAUAUAUUGCAUCGAUUGUAAUGCCGCUAUCGAUAAAAAAUUCAAGGAACAAUUCUUAAUGAUGAUGUUCUUCAUCUCUUUCGACCGGGUGUCCGAAGAUAUCGGAUAGAAGUAGUAAAGAGUAUGUUUCAUUUUGGAUUAGUCCAUCGAUUGUAAUUCCGCUAUCGAUAAAAAAAUUCAAGGAACAAUUCUUAAUGAUGAUGUUCUUCAUCUCUUUCGACCGGGUGUCCGAAGAUAUCGGAUAGAAGCAGCAGAGAGUAUCUUUCCUUUUGGAUUACCUCGGAUCGAAAACUGAAGCUUGUAUUUACCGGUUGGAAUAGUGUUGAGUGAGACAGAUGCGCUAUUGUUCAACGUAGUAAGAGUUAUAGUAUUUCUCAGAGCGCAGCGCGAUGGGUAUCACGGUUUCGAUAUCGACGCCUCCUCCAGACAUGAACGAGACUCUGGCGGAGGCGCUGCUGAACGAGACUCUGUCGGUGCGCGAGUACCUGGAGCUGACGCGCGGGCCCAAACACCUGUCGCCGUGGGUGGUGGUGCCCAUCACCGUCGUCUACUCCGUCAUCUUCAUCACGGGCGUGCUCGGCAACGUGGCCGUGUGCGCGGUCAUUGUACGCUCGCCCAGCAUGCGCACCACAACAAACUACUACCUGUUCAGCCUCGCCAUCUCCGACCUCAUACUGCUCCUGCUAGGUCUGCCCAACGAGGUGAGCGUGUACUGGCAGCAGUAUCCGUGGGUCCUGGGGACAGGCGUCUGCAAGCUGCGAGCGCUCGUCUCAGAGAUGUCGUCGUACGUGUCGGUGCUGACGAUCGUGGCGUUCAGCCUGGAGCGCUACCUGGCCAUCUGCUACCCCAUCUACUCGUACACGAUGAAGGGCCUUCACAGCGCGCUCGGCAUCAUCGCCGUGCUCUGGAUGAUCGCCUUCGUGUCCGCCGUCCCCUUCGCCUACUACACCACCGUCGACUACGUCGAGUACCCUCCAGGUUCCGGGGCGCCGCUGGAGGAGUCUGCGUUCUGCGCGAUGCUGAUGCACAACCUGCCGGCCGGCUACCCGCUGUGCGAACUCAGCAGCGUCUUCUUCUUCGUGCUGCCCAUGACGGUGAUGCUGGUGCUCUACACGCGCAUGGCGCGCGUCAUCUGGCGGCCGCGAGCCGUGCCCCGCGGUUCCGUGCGCAAGGACCACAACCGCAAGCCCAUCGUGCGCAUGCUCGCGGCGGUGGUGCUGGCGUUUUUCAUCAGCUGGGCGCCGUUCCACUUGCAGCGGCUGAUGUACAUCUACGGGCGGGAUGCGCCCAACUUCGAGGAGAUCAACGAGGUGAUGUACUACGUGACGGGCUGCUUCUACUACUUCUCGGCCACCAUCAACCCCAUCCUGUACAACGUAAUGUCCGCCAAGUACCGCAACGCCUUCCUGCAGACCCUGUGCGGGCGCCAGAAGUCCCGUCCAGGGGGGCGGGGCGAACAGUCCAGCUUCCGUGAGAACACAGUGGUCGGGUACGACGGUUCAGUGAGCCGCGCGAGCACCACGCGCUACUCGGUGUGUCGCGGGACGGCAGCCGCCGGCGACAGGGGCAGCUUGAAGGCGCUGGCAGGUGGCGGU